UAUGGCAGCUAUACAAGUGUUUUUUUUUUUCUAGACUCGUAGGUUUACACUGAUUCAAGACACUAUGAGAAAUACAAGUGUAUCUUUUUAAAUUCAGUAACACGGUCUGCAACCAAUUGUUAUCACGCAUACAGCCUAUACCAAGCAUAUACAAACAGUUGUACGGAAUAUGGCAUCUUUAAAUAGUACAUUAUGUGGUGUAUGUGAAUACCAGCAUGUGACGACAGACGCCAUUUUCUGGUGUCCUGAAUGUGAUGAAGGUUUGUGUUCAACAUGCUUUAAGUGUCACAAUGCUUCCAAAUCCACGAGAAAUCACCAGGUCAUCUCUGUUGAUAACUACAGGCAGCUGCCGUCUUUUGUAGCCAGCGUACAACAAUACUGCUCUGACCACGACAAGAAAUACCAGCUUUACUGUUUACAACACGAAAUACCUUGUUGCCUUGUUUGUGUUUCAACAAGCCACAAGAGAUGUGACUUAACGGCACUCGAUGAAAUUGUUAAAACUUCCAAAACGUCCGCAUUAUUUGACAAUUUGGAACAGACUCUGGGAGAUUUAAAGGGAAAUCUAAAAAGAAUAAUAGAAGACAGAGAAAAUAAUUUAUCAAAAGUACAACAGAGCAGAGAUAAAAUACAGUCUGAAAUAAAGACAAUGCGCGACAAACUAAACAAACAUCUCGACAGUAUCGAGCAAAAAACACUACAAUAUUUGGGAGAUAUAGAAAAGGGAGUUAACUCAGAGCUUCGAUGUAUUCAAACAAAACUUCUCGAUCAUACCAAAACCGUAGAAGGGCUACAGACCAAUAUUUCUGCAAUUAAGAAAUAUGCAUCUGAAUUACAGGCUUUUGUUGGAAUGAAGAGAAUGGAGACUGAUAUAGAACAUGAAGAAAAGUUCAUAGAGUCAUUGCUGGAAGAUGGUAGUCUACAACAAGUUGAUAUCGACUUUAAAGAGAACCAAAAACUAACCGACAUAUUCUCCAUUGCAGAUUGUGGCAAAAUAUCCCGGAUUGCUAGUUCUCCCACAGUUGCCGUAAAGCUUGAGAAAAACAAACAAGCACAAUUCUUGGUCGCACUUUCUGUCGAAAAGAAAACAAUUAAUGAUAUUAAUCUGUCUUCGCAUAGAAAACUUAAAAUUCCAGAACUUAACAAUCCAAGUAUGUUUACAGGGUGUACAAUCACACCUACAGGUAAAAUAGUUCUUGUGGACUGGAAUUAUCACAAUGUGUUUAUUCUCAGCGAGAACGAGUCAUUAGAAUGUAAAAUAAACGUAUUUAGUCAUCCUGUUGGUGUCACUUGUAUUGAUGACAAAACUAUAGCAAUUACCCAUAACUUUUCGUAUGGUCCUAAUAAAAUCGAGACAAUAAACAUAUUUUCUAAGCAAACAGAGAAAGAAAUUAGAUCUUCAAAUUAUUGUUAUGGAAUAACAAAUGAACAAGGAAGGAUAAUAUAUUGUUCUUCUGGAAAAGGUAUUCAGUCAGUAGAUUUUUCUGGUAAUGAUAAUUCCACUAUAGUUAAGAUACCAAAGAUGUCUGACUGGAAUUAUGUUACAGUUUCUGGUGGUCAACUUUAUCAUACAAACCCUUCAACCGACACCGUCACAUGUUACACAAUCACAGGAGAGAAGAUUUGGGAAUACAGCGAUAAAUCGUUUCUAAAGAAUAUAGGUGGUGUUACUACUGACAAGGAUGCUAAUGUUUAUGUUGCAUCCUAUGGAAAUAACAGUAUCGUCGUUAUAUCACAAGAUGGAAAACACGCUAGACGUCUAAUUGGAGGAGAGGGUGGUUUAUCUCAACCGUGGGGUAUUUACCUCGACAAAACGAGAAACAAUCUGCUUAUAUCGUGUAAUAAUGGAGACGUUCAUAUGUAUAAGGUGUCAUGAGAAACCUUUCACUUUCUUUAACAUUAACUUGUACUUCUAUGUUUUUUGGCUAGUUGCAAAAUCUGUUUUUAAAGAGCUUAUAUUUUAUAUGUUUUAGUAACUUUAUAUAUGUUAUAAUGCGAGAAAAUUUCAUUUUAAAAUUUAAGAUUUUCUUAUUCGUGUUGUAACCUACUAAGUAACACAGGAUUGUGUCCAUCAAUUUGCGUCCUUUUCGAUUGUUUUUGUUCCUUAGUGCGUGUUUAGAUUUUCAAAUUACAUCUGCUUGAAGUAGUGCAUGACUAACAACUUUUUUGAAAUACGUAUUGGUUUAUCAAAUAUGCUACAUAGCUGUUAUCUGCUCAUUGGUCGGGUUGUUGUCUCUUUGUCUCAU